AUGUUCCAACCCAGUGCUGUUCUCCUAGCGGCACUCGCUCUUGUUGUUCCCAGUGCUAUAGCUGGCGAAGGCGUGCAUCUCGCUAAUUGUGGCCCUGAUGUUUUCUCGGCUUCUACUAGUGUCAUCGCCUACUACCCAGAUGACUCGCAGUCAAAUUCGGCACCAUUUUCCCAAAACAUAGCCUUUGCUACCAACCCAGCAAGUUUAGUUACCUGGGAGGGUAACUCUUAUACCGCUAGCUUCGCAACUGGGAACACCUUCACGACCCACAUUCAAGCUGGAAGCUUCGGCUUCGGCCAGUAUGCAGGAACUGGCAAUAACCAACAGCGACAGUUUGCUUGCUUCAGGGAUAAUGACAGACAGCUCUGGAGAUCAACGCCUGCCUAUGCUUGUUUUAGCAUUUACUAUUGUCUUGAUGCUUAA